ACAUUCAAUGUACGAAAUACAUCAAAGUGAGUUUACUCAACUCAGACUUUGAUAUUCGACAAAAUGUGGUUUGACAAAUCCAACACAACGGCGAGUUUAUGAUCGCGAUUUGAAUCGAAUUCAAACUUGCAGAACGAGGAUUUCAAUACAUCCAAGCACAUUGGCUGGCUUCUUACAUAAUAUCGUGGUGGACUUAAAGCUCAUGAGUAGAAAAUAUUUCAACCUCGACAUGUGACUCUCAUGCCCACACUAUCACAGAAACUCUAACAUCUCAACGUAAAUCAACAAGCCCUGGCAAAUAAUACCACCUCUUUAUUCACCCUCACUAUCUCUAAAAAAUGCCCUUCGACGACGAAGACCCCACCCCCUCAUCCGCCUCUGCGCUCGCAACGAUGGCGGGCGAGGAGGAGGGCGAGGCCCCGUCGCUGGAAGACGCGCUCGCGGACGAGACGCAGGACUUCCGGCUGUUCGCGUCGCUGUUCGACAAGAAGGGGGCGUCGGGCAAGACGCUGCGGCGCGGGGAGAAGGACUUCGAGGCGCACGGCACGCGGGCGCAGGCCGGCGCCCUCGAGGCCAGCCGCGACGCCAUGCGCGACGUGCUGAGCUACACGCGCUCGCAUAAGCCGAAGGACUGGAACCGCGGGUGGUAUUUCCCCGAUAAGUGGGCUGGUGCGCCGGAUGGUGCGGAGGAGGGGGAGGUGGAGGUGGAGGGGGUAAAGGGCGCGGGUCUGUUUGCGAGGGAGAGGGUUGUGGUUGUGGAGGAGGAGAUUAAGGGUCCGUUGAGUCAGAGCGUGGGGAGGGUUGUUACGGGGAUUGAGGGGUAUAAGGGUACGCCUGGGUGGUUGAAGACGUGGUUGUUGCCGGAGGAGGCGCUGUACCUUGUUGAGAGGGGGUCUCUGGAUCUGUGGUGGCCGGCGAGGGGCAUCGAGGAUGUGUUUCCGGCGAAGAAAGAUGGGCAGAGCGAAGCUGGAGAAGAGACUAAGGAAUUUGAGGACUACGAGUUAGGUGUGCCGCUUAGUCUACAAGCAGCAUAUGCCCUCCUCAUCGGCUACGACGGCGAAAGGGGCAAAGUCAGCCUCGAGAAGUACCAAGUCUACGCCAACCUCCGGCGAACAGGUUACAAGAUCAUGCGCGCCACACACAUGCCCCUCCCACCACCCCUCCCCGCCAAACCUUCCCAAAACCUAUGGCAAUGGCUCAUCUCCCUCCUCCCCACCACAUACAUAUCCUCGCAGACCAACCCACCCCCCUUCGGACCCCUCGUCAAGCCAGGCCUGUACCGCUCGUACACCCCGAUCUUCGCACAGCUCGCGCUGAUCCCGCGCCACGAGCCUACGCCGCAGCCCAAAGCGGACACGCCAACGAAGCCGGAAGAGCCGUUCAACAUACACUACCACGUCUGGAAGAGCAGCACGUCGUUCCCGAAGACGAAGCCGCCGGCGCCGGAUUUCCGGAUCGCCGUCGCGGACGCGCGCGCCUCGUCCGUGCCAACGCUGGAGCAGCUUACCGCGCUGCUGGAGGUGAGGACGCCGUGGGAUCCGCCGGAAGAGUCACCGAAUCAGAAACAGGGUCAGAAAGGGAAAGGUAAUGGGAAUAAUCAGGGCUUGAUGUAUAAGCGCCUGAAGCACGCGUGGCGCAACGCGGUUAUCGCGGUCGUGGAUAGGGGGUUGAUUAGUUAUGUCAGGUUUGGCGAGAUGGCGUUCGCGCGGGAGAGGCUGUACGAGGGCUUCGGGAGCGGGGCGGCGGGAGGCGGGAAGGGGAAGAGAGGGGGUAGGAGUGGGAGGGGCGGACGGGGUGGGAGGGGACGAGGGAGGGGGAGGGGUGGAUGA